GCUCCUCUCCAACAUGGACGGUCCCCUCUCUCGCCUCGAGGUCGUCCAGAAGCGAUACACCGAGCUGCUGUCCGACAUGAAGCGCACCGAGCGCGAACACCAAAAGGCAAAGAAGCGCGGCGACCAGCUGCAAAAGGAAAAGGACGCCCAGCGCUCGGAGCUCAACAAGGUCACCACCAUGAAGGACAAGCUCGACAAACUGUCGCGUGA